AUGGUCGAUGUUGCAAGUGUUCAUUGGCAAAGUGCUUGCUAUGUUGCCGUUGGCUUCGUAUUGUUUCUGGUGAAUGCGUUGGCUUUCAGCGUCAUAAUAUUCAACAAGGACCUUCGUGUCAUUUUCGCAGUGAUUUCGGCACUGUUUUUCGCCGGUGCUUUGACAGGAGUAGCGGCUGUCUUCAAGGGAGUGCAGUGGUUCAGACAAGCCAACAUGAACAUCCAAAAUGACCGCAUCAUCAACUCGUUCACUUGUCUAAAGCAUGCUUUGGCAUCAUCCAUCACUAAAACGUAUGCAAAAUACACCCUACCCAAAGAUAUGCCGUAUUGA